CUGAAAGUUGGACAAGCAGGAAGUGAACCGACGGCUGCCCUAGAGGAAACAGACUAGGCGAGCGUCCUGCUGCCGACAGGCCCGAGCCGCUCGGAAACAUGGAGGAGGCGAGUGGUGGUGGAGGAGAUGACCGUGUGCGAAACCUGCAGAGUGAAGUGGAGGGAGUCAAGAAUAUUAUGACCCAGAAUGUGGAGCGGAUCCUGGCCCGGGGAGAAAACCUGGACCAUCUCCGUAACAAGACAGAGGAUCUGGAAGCCACAUCCGAGCACUUCAAGACCACAUCGCAGAAGGUGGCUCGGAAGUUCUGGUGGAAGAACGUGAAGAUGAUCGUCCUCAUCUGCGUGAUUGUUUUUAUCAUCGUCCUCUUCAUCGUGCUCUUUGCCACGGGUGCUAUCCCUUAAGUAACUUAGGGAACCCCUCCCACCCUGCCCUCUUCCUCGGGGGCAGCCUUCCAUAGUGGGUGCCAAGAGGGGCCCUCUCUUCUGUCCUUCUCCACAGGGAAUGCUGCUCCAUCCUCCCAACCCUCAUUCUGGGGCCCCUCUACCACACUGUCUGCCCCAGGGAGCACCUUGGUCCCCAGAAGGAGAGAGCUGGACUGUGGCUGUGUUUCAGGGGUCCUCAGAGUUGGUUGGAGAGACCCAGAAGGGCCAGCACAUGGCUGGGAAACUGAUGGAACUGAGGGUGGCCAGUGGGCAAUAAAGACCUUUCA